UGACUUCCUAACUAUCUUCAGCAAUUGAUUUUAAAUUAAAAAACAGUUAAAAAUCAUUGGUGCUCUCUGACUCUUCAGGACAAGAAAACGUUAGGAGAACAGACUUCUUGAUAAAGCAACUAAAAAUUCUAAUUCAUCUAACAGUAGCAAUAUGUUAAAUAGUUGAUAGAAGUAGGGUUUUUUUUCAAGAUGGUAAAGCAGGACCAGUGCUGUACAGAGAUGUUCUUCAGAGGAGAAGGAAGUACUUGUUUUUUAAGAAAAAUAUUGUGCUGGUUUGGUCUUGAUUGAUUUAUUUGAGUGUUUACGGAAGAAGUGUGUCUCUAGGAUUGACGGAAGUGAGGUGAGUGACUGGAAUUGUUGCAUUUAGGAUUAAAGUUACAAUUGUAUAACAAUAGGAAAUUAUUGAGGCAUGGUGCAUUUUGCAUUUGCACAAAUUUUCUUUGCCGUUUCUGGUUGUCCUUUGUAUAGCUGUGCACUCAAGUGUAACUUAGGUGAAUCAUUGUCUUUUUACCUUGAAGGAAUUAGUGGUCUUUUAUGUUUUGAAGAUGCUUGUGCUUUUCUGUCCUGAGGUGGGGAGAUAAAUGAGACUACUUUAAGCAUUAGGAGUAUGCUGUCUGAGCAGUUUAAACUUAGGCCACAGUCUAAAACUUUCUGACUGCAAAGGAGGGAAGCUUGAAGUAGUGAAGGAAUUUGAAGUAGGAAUUAGAGUGUUGACUGACUUCUUUUAAAAGAAAAUGAUGCUUUGAUAGCAGAAUCAAGCUGUGUUUCAGAUGAUUUAUUACUCUGUCCUGGCUUGGUGUCUCAUCCUGUUCGUUUGCUUACUGUGUUUUUCCUACAGGGUCAGCCACUGAUCUGUUUCACAGCUGGCACAGAGCUAGGGGUGAUGCUGGGUGGCAGUAAGUGCUCAGAAAGGAGCUGGCUGAGCGACUGCCUGCUUCAGUGCAUCCCCUGUCACUGGAGAGAUUGUUUUGCAGUCACAGUCUGGAGCCUGUGCAUCGAUCAGCCUCGGUCAUGAGGAGUGCUUCUCUCUUAAUACCUAGGGCAUGAAAGCCUAGCCAGAUCUUUCAUUGCUGAGAUUCAUCAGUGCUGAGCUAACAAGAGGUUACUUCCUGGAACACAAUGAAGCAAAAUACACAGAGCGGAGAGAGAGAGUAUACACAUGCAUGCGGAUACCAAAAGAACUGGAAAAGGUGGAUAUUCUGUGAAGGAGAACUACCACAGCUGUAAUUAGCUGUGCCAUAGAAAACUAACAAGUUGAUGUUUUUUGGAAUCUUUUUGUGCCUGGAUGCUUUUCUGUAUGUAUUCACCCUGCUUCCUUUGAGAGUUUUUCUGGCAAUGUUCCGGUUCAUCACUUUGCCUUGCUAUGGCUUACGACCGAAGGGAAGAGCACUUUCACUUCCUUUAUAGGAUGGAAUGUGGUGUCACAGGGAUUCCUCCUUGCUCUCAUCGGGGCCUAACAGCAAGAUGGAGACAGAACUCUUUAUUACUUCACGAAAUGUGGAUCAUGGCCUUUUGAAUAUGGUAUCAAAUAGACAUACCUUGAAAAUGACAGCCAGUGAUAGACGUUUGCUACAACCUGCUCAGGUAUGUGACAUUCUCAAAGGAGUUAUAUUGGUCAUCUGCUACUUCAUGAUGCACUAUGUUGACUACUCUAUGAUGUAUCAUCUGAUAAGGGGACAGUCUGUCAUAAAGCUCUACAUCAUCUAUAACAUGCUUGAGGUGGCUGAUCGUCUGUUUUCUUCAUUUGGACAAGAUAUUUUGGAUGCUCUUUAUUGGACAGCUACAGAACCUAAGGAAAGAAAAAGAGCUCACAUAGGUGUGAUUCCUCACUUCUUCAUGGCCGUGCUGUAUGUCUUCCUGCAUGCUAUUCUUAUAAUGGUUCAAGCAACAACCCUUAAUGUGGCCUUCAACUCCCACAAUAAAUCAUUGCUUACCAUCAUGAUGUCCAAUAAUUUCGUUGAAAUAAAAGGAAGCGUUUUCAAGAAGUUUGAGAAGAACAAUCUUUUUCAAAUGUCAAAUAGUGAUAUAAAGGAGAGGUUCACCAAUUACGUGCUGCUACUAAUUGUAUGUCUAAGAAAUAUGGAACAGUUCUCAUGGAAUCCAGAUCAUCUUUGGGUGUUAUUCCCAGAUGUUUGCAUGGUGGUUGCUUCAGAAAUUGCAGUGGAUAUUGUGAAACAUGCCUUUAUAACAAAAUUCAAUGACAUCACAGCGGAUGUCUACAGUGAAUACAGAGCCAGUCUUGCGUUUGACCUUGUUAGCAGUCGACAGAAGAAUACAGUGUGCACAAGUGUAUAUGGAUGUUUGUACCAUGCACGUUACUGUUGUGGCACGGAUAUUUACAGAACACACAGACUGCUUGUGGUUUUUGCGUAUACAGAUUAUAGUGAUUCGGUUUCCAGAAGAAUGGGUUUCAUUCCUCUUCCACUGGCUGUUUUACUCAUCAGAGUCGUAACAAGCUCAAUAAAAGUACAAGGAGUCUUAGCUUAUGUUUGUGUCGUGCUGUUCUACUGUGGGUUAAUAUCUCUAAAAGUUCUUAACAGUAUUGUAUUGCUGGGGAAAUCAUGUCAAUAUGUAAAGGAGGCAAAAAUGGAGGAGAAAUUAUUCAAUCCUGUCCUGACUGCCACCCCAGGGAAGCCGACUGGCAAACAGCAAAGCAUGUUUAAAUCUAGCCAAGGAAUUUCCACGGAUGAAAAUGGAUCUACAUCAGUUACCAAUCAACCUGUGCAUCAGAAGGAGAAUACACCGUCUUUACUUGUAACAAGCAAUUCUGAUCAAUUCUUGACAACUCCUGAUGGAGAAGAAAAAGAUAUAAGCCAAGACAGUUCAGAAUUAAAACACAGGUCUUCAAAGAAAGAUUUGUUGGAGAUAGACAGGUUUACUAUUUGUGGAAACAGAAUUGACUAAGUUUGUUUUUUUGGUUUUGUUUUUUUUUUUUAAAAAUCAAUGUGCUAAGGAUACUGAGCUGUUGGGACAGCAGAUGCUACCAGAAUGGACAGUUGCCAAAAAGGCACAUAAAUAUUUAUUUAAAAACUUAAAUUAUUAAUGGCAAAAAAUAUUAAUUUCUUUCUACAAGUAACUUGGCUUGGUAUCUGGUCAGGUCAAGUAAGUGAUCUUUAACUUGCCUCUUGGAAAAUGUGGUGGAUCGUGAGUCUCUAGCCUGGUGGCAGAGCUGCAGUAUCACUUUUCUGGAAAGUAGACUGGAAAAAAAGCGUAAUCCUGUUCUGCAUUACGAAACCAUGCUUCCAGAAGAUACUACUUCUCGUGAAAGUUCCUCCAGUGUAAGGAUAUUCCUGGAAAUGUGUGACAACUUGACCGGAAGUUUGCCUUUCCAGUUACCUGUUUUAUUAAACAUCUGCAAGCAGAAUUGAAACCUUGUGCUUAUAUCAACAAACGCAUAAAGCAUUGGUACAUAAAACAGUAAGUCAAGAUAGUUAUUCUUGUAAACAAAACUCUUUUCAAGAUGUAUCUUGAAAAUCUUAUAAUGAGAAUAAAAUUUUGCCUUCAAAUGAAAGACUUACUGCUUACUAUUUUAUCUAAAUACUAAAACCCAAGGAAAGAUCACAGUAAUGAAGGUUUCUGCUUAACUGGGCAAAUAUGAAGCAUAAUCAUUUCUUGUGUUAAGUUGUGUGUCCUGCAAGGCAAAUUAUUUAUAAAAUUAUUUUUAAAAGCUGAGGAUUUUUUGUUGCUGUAGGAAAAAAUAAUAAAGGGGCACCUCUAUAUGUUGAGGAAAGGCAGUGUUAAUUGCAGCAAGCAGCUGUUGUGUUGGAACUGUAUGUAUGGCACUAACGCAGCAGAAAAGAGUAUUACACUGCAUUUUGGGUUUAACUGAUAAGAAAAGAUGUCUGUGUAUUACCUUGCCUGAGAAUAUGCCUAUACUAUGAAAGCUCACACUGACAAUCAAAUCAGAAUUAUCCAUUUUAAUUGAUUGGUUUUAUCCACACUUAAGAAGAUGGCCUAGAUGUAUAAAGAGCAUUUAAGCAUUGCAAUGCAUCUUAAUUUCCUGUGUGAGAUGCAGUUGUGGGAGAAUUGAUGAAAGAUGGUUUGGAAUCUUCAGACCGAGAAUGGAAUACAUUUGAGCUCAAAACUUAGGCUGGAGACUUGUAUCAGAAGAGACCCUUUAGCUAAUGAUAAAUUCUUCAUAUAUUGUUGUUAAGACAGCAGUAACUUCAAAUACCUUUCAGAUAUUUUAAGUAAGCACCAGUUUCACUUUCCAAGGGAAGGUAUCAUAAAAGUGCUUAAAGUGCUGAACAAAUGAAGACAAAAUUUGCUCUUUGCUAAUUUCAUAAUUUGUCAGAGUGGGAAAGCCAAAGUUUAUUUGGUUUAUGAAUAUGUGAAAGUUCAAUGUAUAUGCUAAUCCCUGAAGCUUGCAGGACUACAGCAAUAUAGCAAAUGGAGGCAGUUGGACUGAGUUAUGUAUCUGAGCAGACUUGGUAGUGAGAUGGCUUUGCCAUGCAGGUUAGCGUGGUCUGCUCCGGUGGGAACUUCUUGCUGCAAUCUUUCAGCCUCUCCUCUCCCAUCAAGAGCAGCUGGAGUAACAGCUAAUAUCUGUGGUUACUGUUCAGGGAUGAGAGUAAAAAGAAGAGGACUUGUGCUGGGGAAAAAAUCUGAAAUUCUUUAAUUUUUGAUGUAUUUUAUACUAAUUGGAGAUGUUCACACAUUGAAAUUCAGAUUGUCUGUCAAUUUGCUGUAUCUUAUUUUUGAAUUAUUUAGCACUUGCUAAAGGAAGCUUGGAAUUGCUUUCAUUUUUUUUUUCUGUUGAAUGACAUUCUGUAUCAAUUUUAUAAGUGCAUCUUGUGUGAAACUCAAUAAAAUUCAAUUUUG